CUGUAAGAACAAAAAAACCACGUACUACUACAAAAUCAGUUCAAAAACAAGGUAGAAUUAAAAGUCCACGAAAAAGAAGUAGAAAUAAAAUUUCUAAAACAACUCCAGUUGCAGCUUUACAAGGAUCAAUAGUUGAUACUCUAGUUACUUUUAAUUCUAAGAAAGGAAGAUAUGAACGUAUAUUAAACAAAAAUGGUAAAACAUGUAAACGAUAUCCUGAAGGAAUUUUUGUAGAACAUAUUAGCAGAAAUGGUCAAAUUCGAUAUUCUCCAGUUCAUAAAUUAAUACAAACUAGGUUAAAUUAA